AUGGGAAGAUCCGCACAUUCUCGCAACCUUUUACCAUCGGCACCCCUUUUUCUGAUUGCGCUUGGCUUACAUCAACCGCUGAUCAAGGAAGACGGCAUGAUUCAUCACGACUUAUUCAAGAAGGAUCGCAAUUUCGUCAUAGUCAUCACUUGUAUGCUGGUGGAAAGCACGGUUUUCAUUGUACAUACUCCUACAUCCACCGUCGUCGCUAUUGCUAGUGGCUUGAUCAUCUCGGCACGUUCUCUCGGAGGGUCAUUCGUCCAAAGUUCUACCUCAGCUUAUCCAGGCGCUGGUCGCGAAUAA